GAAUUCCAAAACUCAGCAAAAAGUAGACCGAUAUUCGUGAUGUACUUCCUGACAUUCCAGCAUCAACGUGCAAAUGGUCACGAGUGCGCGGAAGUUUGUGUUUACUGGUGUUCUAGUAGCUAGCUGGUUGGCCCUGUUAGCUUGUUAGCGAGGAAAGGUGCGCGCUGUGUGGAACGCUGGACUUCACAUUUCACAACUAGACCAACUUAGCAGGCAAGUUAGACGACUGACAUGUUUCAGUUUGUAUUGUAACAUUUAAACAAACGGUUCGGUUGCUCGCUGAUUUGUCAAACUCUUAUAACGUUAGUGCGGGCCACGAGCUUUGAGUCUCGUGGGGUCGUGUCACACUCAAACAGCACUCUUAAGUAAAGAGAGGAAACUCAUAGUAAGCCUAGAUCUUAAUGGUAUAACAGUUAUAUAUAUAUAUAUAUAUAUAUAUAUAUAUAUAUGCGUUCAUCGCUAUUAAACAUCCGCGUGUUCCCGUCCUUGCCGCCGCCUCGGGUGACCUGUAGGCUUGCAGCAUCGGACCUGCGACCCGUCCUCUUCAUCGGACCUGGUUCACCGUCUUCUGCCGCGAUGGGCCCCCUGUUCAGCUAGUGCGACGCGUGGAAACAAUCCGCAGCCCUCUGAACCAUGGGAGGAUGUGUGGGGAGAUACUGGGAAGGCUGGGAGGACACGCAGAGCCGAGGCUCGUCCAGGAACGGUGGACGUGGAGGACGCAACGAGCCUCUGAAGAAAGACCGUCCCAAGUGGAAGAGUGACUAUCCGAUGACCGAGGGCCAGCUGCGGAGCAAGCGCGACGAGUUCUGGGACACGGCGCCGGCCUUCGAGGGCCGCAAGGAGAUCUGGGACGCCCUGAAAGCAGCGGCCGUGGCCUUGGAGGGCAGCGACCACGACCUGGCCCAGGCUAUAGUGGACGGGGCCAGCAUCACGCUGCCACACGGAACUCUUGCAGAGUGCUACGACGAACUGGGGACCCGCUACCAGCUGCCCGUCUACUGCUUGGCUCCGCCUGUGAACCUCAUCUCAGAGCGCAGCGACGACGACCCCAACGAUGGCCCCGAACCUGCUGUGGCGCCUAAGAAGGAGUUCCAGCUCAAGGUGCGGCUGUCCACGGGCACGGACCUGCGCCUCAGCGCCAGCAUGGCCGACACUAUCGGGCUCCUGAAGAAGCAGCUGCAGGCCCAGGAGGACAUUGACGCUGGCCACCAGCGCUGGUUCUUCUCCGGGAAGCUGCUCACGGACAAGACGCGGCUGCAGGACACGAAGAUCCAGAAGGACUUUGUCAUCCAGGUCAUUGUCAACCCGCAGGCCCUCCGAGGCCCCAAGCUGUCACCCACCACCACCCCCACCAACACUCCCACCAACAGCCCCACCACCGCCACCCCCACCGCUGAUGCUGACGCCUCCUCGCCUACGUCUGAAUGACCAAGGACUCAGAGGAUGGACGGAGGGAUGGUGGGCGGCGGCACACUCUUAAGCACCAGAGCUGCCUCCUAUUGCUGGAUAACUUUUUGAGAUCGUACCGUGGAGGUACAAAACUACUGCGGGGCAAAAAACACAAGGGAGAAAAUCAUGAAAGUGCUGCUCUCUUUCAUCUACCAUGUGUCAUUGUAUUUUGUCUUGUGUGCUGGUUUUGCUCUUUAAGCGGAUCCAGUCACCACGCUGACUCUGGAGGUCCUCGUCCCCCUGCCUCUCUGAACCAUCUUGAAUAAAAAGCAGAAUGCAGCCUUUUCGACCACAUACAGAAUGUGCACAUCAUGCUGCACGUGCAGACUCCGCCUCUGCACUUUUUUUUUAAUCUGCACUAACGCUAACUUAAGUGCCAAUGGAAGAGAGGCAGAGAGGCGUUAGUGUGGUUCUAAAGCACAUUUCUAUAUGAUGCCCGUGGACUUCUCUUCUCCACAGAAAGACGAGGGGAAGGCAGAUACUGAGACUUUUUUCUCCUUUCUUUCUUUUCUCGAGGAAACAAUGUAAACUGAGCUUUUUUGCACAUUUUGAAGAUUACUAUACUUUCGUGGUAGUUUGUGUGCCUUCUACAAGACAAAACAAAAAAAGGGUUACUGUCUGGCUAGUUUUACCGCUAGGCUAAUAAGCCUUCUGUAUUUUUUUAGAUUCAGGAACUCUUAGAUCAACCCAAGCUGUAACCGCUGCCUUUUUUUUAACGAUUUCAUGAAUCCUACAGACAAAACAUCUGGCGUGUGUGUUGGGGCGAAAGUAAUGUGUGUUUGGCGACUAUGAUGACAUUGCAGUUUGACGUAGUUCACGGAGACGAGACUGUUUCCCCGGUCAUAGCUUUGCAGUCAAUCAUGUCAUUUUGUAAAGGGAAAGAGUAUUCUCCCAUGUAAGAAUAAUGGUCUUAAAAGAUGCAUUGUUGACCAUUUAAUGACCCCCCCACCCCGCCCUGCCCUGUCCUCUAGGGGGCAGCAACACACAGCCCUGAUACAUUCAGCUCACUUGCUUCGGGCUUGUUCUUUUUUUUUUUCUCCACCCGAUGAAUGUAAAUCCAGUAUUCAUUUUCCUUUUUUAUGCUCGAUCUGUUUGA